AUGCCGACCGACAACACCCCUCUGAGCGCCAAACACCGAGUGUCGAGAGCCUGUGUGGCCUGUCGGUCCCGCAAGACAAGAUGUGACCUUAGUCUUGAAGGAGGCGAUAAGCCCAAAGUGCCGCCGUGCCGUCGAUGCACAGAGAAGAACCUCUUAUGCGUCCUUGCAACCUCGCGACGUGGUGGCAAGCGGAUCAAAGGCCAAAGAGUCAACAAGUCAGUUCGCCGCGACAGCCACAUAGUCUCGCCUACCGCACCUCCCACCGGUCGAAGCCACGUCGACGUUGGCAACACCGACGCACGCCCCGUGCAGGGCUAUAAUCCGCAUGAUGUCGGGAAUCGUCGCCCAUCAGAAGAGGAGAGUGAAUGGGCGUCCUCGCCUUUGCCUUCGGAGAUAGACACUGCAUCCGACCACGACGACAGCGGCGAGUCGGGAGAAGGAGAAAGUAGAGGGAGACUGGAAGGCCACAUCACCUCUGCCGACCUUCUGAAUCCGUCUGAUGCGCUAGAUCUUCUCGCUCAAGUGGCCAAUCUGGAGCCAGGUAAACAAAACGAGGCUUCUGCCGAGGCAGAAAACCAUCAGACGACGGAAGCCGCCAUAGGGAUCGAGACGGGUACUACUCAGUCAAUCACCUACUAUCCCCCAAUAGCUUCAGGUGCUCUGUCAAUCGCAGAGGCUACUGGCCUGCUUCAAAGUUACUAUACUCAAUAUCACACCUUCUUUCCCAUUGCUCACAAGGCCAUCUUUGAAGACUACGCUAGCCUACCCGAGUGGAUCGAGAAAGAGCAGCACCUUGUCACAGCAAUUCUUGCUGUCGUGACCAAAGAUGAUCCCACCCGCCGAGAAAUUCACGACGGCUGCGCCAGGCACAUGGAGUCCCUGAUAUCUAAAUUGAUCUAUGCUGGUUCUACAGAUGUGGGUGCCGUCGAGGCUCUGUUGAUCCUUGCAGAAUGGGCGCCCCAGCCUCCGGAAGACAGCCUGGCAAUUGGAACCGGGAAAGAAAACCAAGGAUCGUGGAUGCUUGUUGGUCUUGCUGUUCGCUUGGCUUACUUGCAAAACCUGGAGCAGACUACACUCACACACGGGCAGGAGGGCGUAUCCGAGCAUGUGUGUCGACAACGAACCAUCUGGGCAGCCUGCUAUAUGAGUGAUCGACAGGUUUCCAUCCGCCUAGGUAAGGGCUUUUGGUCCCGUGGGCCAGGCCCGUCCAUUUCUCUGCGUGCAGCCGAUUUCCCACUGCUGCAGGUACAGAAGCUCGGCAGCGACAAUUGUGCCAUGCUUUUCCAAGCGCACCUCGAAGUGACGCAGUUGUUCAGCAAUGCGCACGAUAUUUUGUACUCGUCUGCGGGCCACAGAGAACAGCUGUACGCGGGCGGCGAGUACGUACGGUACAUCGAUGAUUUAUCUGUUGUCUUGCGUGGAUGGAAACUCACCUGGGGUGGUUCGAGCUUUGUCCCGCUUGCCAAAGCGUCACUCAUGCUUUCAUAUAACUUCCUGCGCCUGUACAUCAAUGCAUUUGCAUUUCAGGCGAACCUCCAUCGUGCCGUGCGUCGAGCUCGCCGACGAAUGUCAGCGACUGCAGAGUUGAAGGAGCCUCUGUUCUCCGAUCUCGCUGGCGCUCCAGAUGCCAGAUUCAUCUACGAGUCCAUUGACGCAGCUAACUCCUUGUUAUCCCUGCUUAACAGCUACAUUGAGCCCGAAACAGGCCUGAAGUAUAUGCCUAUGAAGUUCUAUCUGUAUAUUAUUUAUGCGGCUGUGUUCUUGCUCAAGGCGAUUGUGUCUGGAGCGGUCAAAUCCUCCGCCGUAGUCGGCAUUCGACGGUCUAUUCACGAAACCGUACUGCGGCUUCAGCGAACCUCCACGAAUCGUCAAAGCCUUGGACAGAGAUAUGCACGAUCGCUUCGACUCCUCUGGCAGAAGUCUCUCGGAAAGCGGAAGCAGAGAGCGGAAAUCCCGGAAACUCCGGGAUCCCGAGCGGCCGCGCCUACGGCAGCAGUGGCCAGUGCGCAGCAGGACAUUCCUUUCCAGGAGGUCAUUCCUGCAGGGUCUAAUGAUCCUGGGACCGAUCUGGAUCUCUUCAAUAGCUUUUGGUGGACGAGGCUUGACUCUCUUGGCCAGUUUGUCACGGAAGACCUGGUUACCUUGCCUACCGAUACACUGUUCACGACGCUGGGUCUCGACGCUGCGCCAGAUAUGGUCGGGCUAUCGAGUAUUGAUGUCAGCGGAUGGUAUAAUGGUCUACCCACGACGGGAGAUGUCUAGAGUCGGAAAAGAAAUUGAUAUGAUUUGAGAGAGUGAAGUCUUCAGAAUCCUCAGCUUGGGC